AGAAUAAAGUCUGUCACUACGGCUUGUUUGACUCUGUAAAUGGUAUUCUGUACCCUUCAAUCUUUGAUAGCUUCAAAACUCUUGUGCCACGUAUUUAUAGCAACUCGAAUUGACAAGAGAUUGCAGAGAUCAAAAAUUGGUCAAUUCUGGUUACUGCCAGCUUGUAAAGCGUUCUUCUCCCCUUGAGAUUCGGAAUACAUUGAGAUAUGGAUCCCGAGUUUCUCGACACACUGUUUAGAAACUUUGGUCCCGGAGGCCUUGACCUGCCACCGCCAGCCGAUUUUCCGAGCCCACGUGAAGUGCGAAAGGAAGCCCAAGACCGGUCAAAGAAAAUUCUUUCCUCAUGGAGGACCCUGGGUAAAAUUCUGGAUCGACACGAAGAGCUCUUACGGAGGCGCUGGGUGAAGAAGACGACGGAACAGCGGAUUCGCAUCCUCCUGACUGCCUCACCGCAGCUUCCGAGACCCCAUCGUCCCGACUUUAUCGCAUUUCGUGGCGAGACUACAGCGGAUCGAGUAGUAGGGACCGAGUUCCGCAAUGAGUAUUUGCGGCCUUACAUGAACUUGGAUGAUCUUUCAAAAGCGAGACCCCUUCUACUCUUCUUGAACUCCCGGGGUCGUCAUCCGCCAAAUGUAUUUGCGCACUCGGAUUUGGCAUCCGCUCACUUGGGACUGGCAACUGGUGCUACCAUGCCGCCUUUCUUGAACGGGUAUACGAUGCUCCUCAAUGGUCAGACUGUUGAGACAUAUGGCAAACUCAUCUCUUGGAACGAUGGGUCCGAUGGAUUUGAAAUGAUGAUGUCUGGUCGCGGCUUCCAUCCUGGAGAAGGGCUUGUGGUUUUGGAAAUUCAGCAGGAAAUUUUUCGUUUUCUUGUGCGCAUCUGCCAAAUCCUCCUCCAAGACAUGGAUCCAAAUUCCCUUACGGACAAAGAGAUACCUGUGCAGCCAGAGCCUCCUUCCCUUGUGGGAGAUCCAACUGAGUGGCCAACAUUGACAAGCAUUCGUGGUGAGGCCCCUUAUCGAGUGCCAUAUGAGCUCGAUCUCGGCCGUCUUGAGGCCCUUAUCUAUUCCCAGCGCUCUCGGAUUGAGGACCAUAUCUGGGCUCUUCGAACCGACCCAGCUUAUUUUGCCUUCAGAGUUAAAGAAUGGGGUGAUCAUCGUCAAGAAGUUCUCAAAGACACCAAAGGGCAAAUCCAUCCUAGAUUGAAUUUACCCAUCUUCUGGGAUCGUGUGCUAGGAGCGGUUAUUACGGGGGCUUAUGGAAUGCUCUUCGUCUGGGAUCAGCUUUGUAGACAGGUGACUGAAGUCACAAGACUCAAAGCAAAAUAUGGCAAUUCAUUUUCUCCAGAAUCUCCGCUCCCGAGAGAAUAUAUGAAAGCGCUGCUAGUGCUUCGAGGUCUGCUCUUUGAAGCGAGUGAACUACAAACGGAGUACCUGAAAAUUUCUGUUCCUGCUUCGCCACCUUUGCGCGGUUUAUUCGUCCGCGUGCCGCCCAUUCCCGGCUCAACGAAGAUCGGAGUGAGAGCUAAGAGGGAUUGGACUGGAGACUGGCUCAUCACACUCCUUUAUAUCCUCUGGGACCCUAAACAGACCCGUCUUCUUGGUCUGCCAAAUAUUAUUGACUUUUUGGAUCACAUUAGUGAUGAUAGGAACAAGCCAAGAAUUUCAGAGCGCAUCAAUGACAUCCUAUCGGACCUUGGCGUCAUUGCUGAGGCUCUGCAUCAAAUCAAUUUGCAUCAACCAUGGGCAUCCGGUUUGGACCAUGAACAAAGCAAAUUCGGCGAGGAAGUUGAAGAGGAAGUUGAAAAGAAAGUCGAAUACUUUAAUGUGUUUUCCCGUCAUUUCGGAGAUGCGCCGCUCUCUCCAAUGUCUCAGUCAGGGCCUUUUGUUGGCGGGAGUUUCGAUUACCCAGUCAAUGAGCCUCAGACGCAGAAGACAACUGAGCAGAUGCGGAAAGCGGAGAAGAAUCUUGACGAUUUCUGGCGAUCUGCCGAGACUCACUAUCAGAAAGAAACCAAUGGAUCCAGCCUCCAGCAGGCGCUAGACACUCUCUAUGUCAAACUGCGAAAUCCAGAACCUACUGCCGCAAGCAGCGAGCCAGAGCAAGCUUCAAUCCAAGAGUCUUAUAUCCCGGUUGAUCCGGCGAGGCCAAAUACCAACAAAACAUAUUCCAGUGGAGCCCUUAAAGCUACUCGUGACGUUCGGGAAAGCGAAGACGCUGCUAUUUUCGCGGGUAGUUCAUUGGAAAAGAUGUCUUUGGAAGACAAUGAGAGCUCUAGGUCUGGGACUGAUUUUAUACAACCCACGAUACCGGUUGGAAAACGUGCUUUCAAGACCUUUUCGGUCCUUUUUCCCUCGUCAAGUUCAGCCGGACCCACGGCAGAGUUGCCGUGGACUGACUUACUGCAUGCAAUGACUGCCAUGGGAUUUGAGCCGAUCAAGCUCUAUGGCUCGAUCUGGCUCUUCACCCCUCGCAAUGGGGAUGUCGAGCGGAGCAUUCAAUUCAGUGAACCUCAUCCAAAAGGCAAGAUUUCUUCUUCAAUGGCAAGGCAAAUUGGCCGCAGACUCCAGCAUUCUUAUGAAUGGCACAAGGACAUGUUCAUGCUGGCUCAGCAAGAGGGAAAGGCCUAAUCUACAAGAAAAAUCUUUGUCCUGGUGAUUUAGGAUACGUUUCGGAACAUAAGAAAUCUUGAACUCUGUUGUUCUUGUCAUUUGUGUCAUUGAGGGUUUCGUUCGAGUACGUAGUAAGUCAGUUAAAGACGGCUUUCCCCAGUGAAGAAUAGUAAUACCGUAAUAGGCUCAAGUGGAGCGAGCGCCUAACGGGUAAAUCAGCCCCACAGCUUUCGCCAAGCAUUAGUCUCAAAGGGUCCGAUUGCCUGUAUUUUUCGCUUAUAUUGCUCCUUUGGAUGUUUAAGGUCUAGACCCCGUGCGGAGAGCGACACGUGGAGAGAGA